AUGAAGCCUCUCUUGUCACGACUCUUGCUCCCAAUCUACGUCGGGGCUGAAACUCCAACAGCUACCCUCGACUCAGGUCCAAUAUUUGGUCUCACCACAACUCUCCCAGCUGCUUCGCCCGUGAACAAGUUUCUCGGCAUUCCUUAUGCUGCCAGACCACAACGCUUCAGCCGUGCAACGAAGCCUGAACCAUGGACGAGGCCCUUGAAUGCGACUAGGUUUGGACCUUCAUGCAGACAACUAUUUGUCCAGAGUGAACUCACUCCUGAGAUUGAUCUUCUCAAAGGACUGUUCAACACAGCAUCCCGUGAGAGUGAAGACUGUCUCUUCAUCAAUGCUUUCGCUCCAGCAGAUCCUCACCCUUCAAGGGCUGUGCUCUUGUUCAUCAGCGGCGGUGGAUGGCAGCAGGGGAAUGGCGAAAUCGAUCUCAGCGGUUUUGCAGCGUAUGAAAACAUCGUCGUCUUUACCUUCAACUACAGAACAAAUGUCUUUGGGUUCCCAAACUCUCCAGACAUACCUGCUUCAGACAUCAACCUCGGCAUCCAUGAUCAGCAGCUCGCUAUUGAAUGGGUCCAACGGAAUGCUCGUGCCUUUGGUGGUGAUCCAGACAAAGUCACUAUCUGGGGUGAAUCUGCAGGCGCCAUGUCUGUGGAUUUGCAUGUCAACAGACACACAUCUCUGUUCCGCGGCGCAAUGAUGUUUUCUGGUCAAAUGUCUGUUGGGUACCUCGGAAGCACUGCCAGUCAUCACGAUACUUCGUAUUGGGAUAACCUGACGACUGUAUUUGGCUGUCAAGGACCAGACCAGCUGCAGUGUAUGCGAGACGUACCAGCAGACGACCUCGUCAACGCCAUGAGUGCAGCUGGAAGUGCGUUUCUGCCGAUAACAGACAAUGUCACAAUUCUGAGUGACAGAGCUGAAAGGUGGAGGAGCGGAGAUGUUGCGCGAGUGCCUGUGCUCAUGGGUACUGUCGCUGAAGAAGGGCGAGGACUGAUCAACAGAAACAUCUCACUCGAGACAUUAUUUGGGGCAUAUCUCUCUGAGCCACUGGUCAACGAAACCCAACAGAAGCAAAUUCUUGAUGCUUAUCACCCCAUCAAGACCGACUUUGACACUGCUGCUGCAAUCCACACAGACUUUGUCUGGCAAUGUCCCCAAGCCAUUCUCGCCAAUACUUCAUCCGCUGUCAAUCCAACGUGGCGAUUUUACUUCAAUGCCUCAGUCACUAGCCUUUUAGACGACAAAUACUCAUGGCUGGGCAAAUUCCACGGCUCAGACGUUCUGCUGCUGUUCAGCUCACCAACCUUUGACGCAAUGUCACCGCAACUCUACACAUUUGCGGAGUAUCUUCGAGGAGUUGUGGGGAAAUUCGUCAGAAACCCGCAAGCUGGACCAGGCUGGCCCGUUGGAUCGAGAUAUGUUGCGAACCUGGGAGAUGUCGGACGGACACAAACAUCAGGACCUUCAAUCAUCGACCAAACGGUGCUGGAUCAGAGAUGCAGGCUAUACGAGUCGAUUUAUCCUCUCAUCGAGGAAUAUGUGUUAGUUUGA